UUGUGUGGAAGCAAUGAGUUUAAAACCCUUCACCUACCCGUUUCCAGAGACAAGAUUUCUUCAUUCAGGAACAAGUGUGUAUAAAUUCAAAAUCAGAUAUGGUGACAGCAUCAGAGGGGAAGAUGUAGAAAAUAAGGAAGUCAUCAUCCAGGAGCUGGAGGAUUCUAUUCGUGUGGUCUUGGGAAAUUUGGACAGUCUGCAGCCAUUUGCUACAGAACACUUUGUUGUAUUUCCCUAUAAAAGCAAAUGGGAGAGAGUGUCCCACUUGAAAUUCAAAAACGGCGACAUCGUGUUGAUCCCCUAUCCAUUUGUUUUGACACUGUAUGUGGAGCUGAAGUGGUUUAAUGAGAACCUGUCAUCUGGGAGACCAGUCGAUGACGGUUCCCUUGGAUUGGUCCUUGCCGAGAGGAAAGCAGCAAGAGCCAUGAAGAAGAAACGAAAGCGCAUGGAACUGUCCAUCUCUCCCAGCAGGCCAGGGCCGGACAGAACAGGGAAAGAAACACCCAGCAGGGAUGUCAGGAGCCUCCAGCAUUUGAUGGCGCUGAUGGCCAGGCACAGGGUUCUAGGUGGGAGGAGAGCCCACCAGGAGAGACUAGCCCACCGCUGCAGCAAAGCAACGCACCUCCACCUGCGGGCCCCACAGGCCCGGGGACCGGUGGCUUCUUUGGGUUUCUGA